AUGGAAGGCGCAGGCUGCUCCCUGGCUUGCGUCUUCCUCACGAACCGAGCCUCCGGGCUCGGGAAGCACGCGGAGAAUCCUGCGAGCCCAGGUAGAUGCUGGUGCCAUGUGCUGUAUGGCGACAUGACAGCAGACGCCUACGUGAGUGUUGUUGAUGUGGAUCACUGCCAGAUGACGCGUGAACAGAUCGAAUUCAAGAGGGAGGAUGCAAAAGCAAUGGGUCAAGAAUUCGUGAUGAAGACAGCAGAUCAAACGGAAUUCGACUGGAACCUCGAGUAUGGAAAGGCCUUUCGACGGGCGGAAAAGAGCUGCAGGAAGAACUUGGCCCGUGCCCCCUGGGGCUGCAUGUGGUUCGAGGAAUGGCGGAAGAACGUAGACAAAGCCGUGGAGCUGAAUCAGACUCUGCACGUGUUCUACUUCGAAGACAAAGUUGGCAAAGGCAAGAUGGCCUGGCACAAGCUUGCUGAUGCAGAGGCAAAGAAGAUGGCUCGAUUUGACACCGGCCUGGGUGCUUCGCAGACAGCAGAAGUGGCAUACCUCGACAAGAUGCGCUGCAAGUAUA